UAGUUUUACAUUUUUCGAACAUUCUUAGCUAUAGCAAAUUUUUCAUGCAGGCAGUAGAUGUGUAUAUCUUUUUAGUAAAGGUUAAGGCUAGUUUGCAGGGCGGAGGAAUAUAUCCGCCCCCUCCACGCGUCAAAAUAUUGGAGUUAAGAAGUAGGAGCGACGUCGAUUGAAUUCAGAACUGAAGAGAGUGGAGUAGGAGUAGUUUUCUUGGUGUGCUUAUACUUUUUACAUUUAUUACUGUUUCAUAUACUUUGAUUUGGAUCGAUUAAUAUUUGCAUGGACUAGUGCAUCCGUGUCUCCAAAGCAGGGAAGCAGCUGAUUAUAAGUGUGACACAAAUUAAAGAAGAUAAUAUAAACGUUUCGACGGUUUGCAGUAUUUCUAGACUGAUCUACCGUGGUUGCCUUUGCAGAGGUGGUUCGCAUCAGUAGGAUCACCUAAUUUGUCUGCGCAAACGAGACUGACAUUUUUACUUGACCUGCUGAAUUGGAUUGCAUUUGGUUACAUUUUGCUUCCAAAUAAGUAAGGGAUAUUUCACUUGGCAAAAGGUUUGCUAGAAUAUGUUGCUGUCUAAGUUUGGCUCUCUGGCUCAUAUUUGCACUCCGACCGGCAUGGAUCAUGUACCGGUGAAAAUACAGCUCCAACCAGUGAAAGUGGAGAAGGAGCCAUUUGAUAAGGUUUAUCAAGUGGGCGCUGUUUUGGGAAGCGGUGGGUUCGGGACAGUGUACGCCGGUAGCAGGAUCUCAGAUGGGCUGCCGGUUGCUGUUAAACAUGUGGCAAAAGAAAGGGUCACCGAGUGGGGAACCACAAACGGCGUGGUGGUCCCUCUGGAGAUUUUGCUCCUAAAGAAAGUAGGCUCUGGGUUUAAAGGGGUGAUCAAGCUCUUGGAUUGGUAUGAAAGACCCGAUGGUUGGCUGAUUGUCAUGGAGAGACCCGAGCUGGUGAAGGAUUUGUUUGAUUUCAUAACCGAGAAGGGCGCUUUGGAUGAAGAGACGGCCAGGGUUUUUUUCCGCCAGGUCCUGGAGGCUGUUCGGCACUGUUACAGUUGUGGAGUGGUCCACAGAGACAUCAAAGAUGAAAAUCUGCUUGUGGACCUUAGGAGUGGCGAACUCAAACUGAUUGAUUUCGGAUCUGGGGCUGUUCUUAAGGACACGGUGUACACAGACUUUGACGGCACAAGAGUUUAUAGUCCUCCAGAAUGGAUCCGUUAUCACAGAUACCACGGGAGGUCUGCAACAGUGUGGUCUUUGGGAGUGCUGCUGUAUGACAUGGUCUGUGGUGACAUCCCCUUUGAACAAGACGAGGAGAUCCUGAGGGGGCAUUUGUACUUCAGGAGGAGAAUUUCAUCUGAAUGCCAGCAGUUACUCAAAUGGUGCCUUUCACUGAGGCCUUCUGACAGACCAACACUGGAACAGAUAUUUGACCACCAGUGGAUGCGUAAAUCUGAGGCUGUCAAAACGGAAGACUGUGACAUCAGACUGAGAACCAUUGACACUGAAGCAUCCAGCACGAGUUCAAGCAAAGAGAGUCUUUGAAGCCCUUGAAUGACCUUGCAAUGGGAGGGAAGCCACAAUCCAAGGACACUGUGGCUUUGCUGCCAAGUUGUGGGAGGGAAUAGAUAGCUUAGCUUACUUUAAUGUUUGCCAAUCUGACCUUUCAGUGAGGGGAAGAAUAUAAUGAAUACAAAUGUUAUAUAUAAAUGAAUUAUAUUACUUGCUGGUUUCUGCUGCAAACUUAAACUUUAUUUUUAUUAUAAUUAUUCUUAUUUAAUUUCCUUGUUGGGAACAUUACUGUGUGAGAGCCGCAGGCCAGUACUUUUUUGGUAAGACUGACCUUAUUUAUUAAUAUGGUGACCUCGAAACGUAAAUGCAGACUUUGCUCUCAUAGAGCCUGGACUAGUUUUUUAUUAAUUUUUUAAAUUUUUAUUUAAUUUUGCUUUUGAGUGCCUUUCGGAAAGCUGCUUUAGUUGUGGCUUUUAUCAUUUGGAACUGCUGCAUGUUUUUAGUGCACAGAGGGACUUGCCCUCCUUGGGAGUUCUUCGUUCCUGUUGCGUGCAACUGUAAAGGUAACAGUGACAGACGAAGUAGUCCCAUCACUGGUGAUGGCAUACUUGAAACACAGACACACUUUCCAAAUCCUGCAACCCCUUCUUUGCUGCUUUAAAUAAAUACAUACUUCUGCCUGCACAGAAGUGUGAACAUGGAUGUUGAAGCAUUGUAUAAUGAAGACCACCUAUCUUUCUUUUAUCUCUACCAUUGGGCACAAAGAACCCUGAACCCCACCCCUCUCCCCAUACCUUCUUCUCCUUCCAUCAAAAUGCAAGUUGUAUGUGACCAAGACAUGUCAGGGCAUGGUUGGAAAUGCACAAGCAAUGCAAUAUUCAAGGACUCAUUUAUUUAUAUAUAUAUGGUUUUCAAAACUGUACAGUAUAUUUAUGUACAUUUUCCAUGUACUAUUUAUUUGUGUAAAUUAGACAUUCCACAGUUCCACCCUGUGGCUAUUUAUUUGUUUAUUUAUUUCUUAGACACACUAGACUUUAUUAUUAUUAUUAUUAUUUUAACUCCCAUGAUGCAUCAGUUUGUCAGUUCAUGGCCUUUAAAAUAAAUAAUCAUAAUAAUUACAGUUCCUAUUGUAAAUUACUUUUUACUUAAUCAACUGCCAAUAUGUUUGCUGCAAGAGGAUGUCUUUAAAGAGAUGCGUGUAAAGGUUACAUUUUAAUUGAAAGGGUAGUGGAUCUUUUAUUUUCUAAUCCUUGGUAAAGUUUCACAUUUGAUGACUGAUGUAACUGUACAGUAAUGUUUGGAUAAAAGGUUUUGAAUUAUUUAAAUUGUAUAGUCUCCAUGCCUUGCCACGGACAGUAGGAUUGCAAAAUAACACUUAAUUUAUUUUAGUAACUGUGUUUGUGCAAUAGAGGUUUUCUUUUUUUUUUUUUCUUUCAAUUUAGCAGUGUGCAAUAAACAAUGGAUGGAGAACAUAUUUUUUAUACUGAAAUUUCAAUUAAACUGUUUCUGUUUUGUACAUAA